CUGCGCGACCACCAGCGUCAGCACCAUAGUAACGGCGGCAGUGGCGUUGGGGUGGCAAUGGCGGCUCGGUUCAUCUUUUCGAAUGUGGCUGUGACUGUUUUUCUGCUGUUGGUCCUCCCUGGCUUCUCACAGGCCCAGACCUUCUCCUUACCUUUCCAGCAGCCGGUGAUGUGCGGCCACCACCAGUAUUUCGACAUCUCCGCGCUCUCCUGUGUCCGGUGUGGAGUCAACCAGAGGCAGGACGCCCGAGGAACUUCAUGUGUGUGUAUACCAGGAUUUCAGAUGAUCUCUAAUAAUGGAGGACCUGAUACUAUUUGUAAAAAGUGCCCAGAAAACAUGAAAGGUGUUACCAAAGAUGGCUGGAACUGCAUUUCUUGCCCUGGUGGUUUAACUGCAGAAGGAAAUUGCUAUUGUCCCACUGGCCAUAUUUUAGUGGAAAGAGAUGUUAAUGGAACAUUGUUGUCUCAAGCAAUUUGUAAACUCUGUGACGAAAACGAAAACUCUCUUACAGUAUCGAAUGCUUUAGGAAACAGGUGUAUCCGAUGCGAGUCAACAUUCAUUAAUACCAGCAGAUCCUGUGCAUGUUCAGAACCUAACAUUUUAGCAGGGGGAUUAUGUUUCAGCAACACUAGGAAUUUUCCUCGUAUGAUUUCAACUGCACGUUAUGGAGAGCUUGGCAUGUCUUUCACUUCAGAAUGGUUUGCAAAGUAUUUGCAAUCAGCAGCAGCUGCUUGUUGGGUGUAUGCCAAUCUAACAUCUUGCCAAGCUCUUGGAAAUAUGUGUGUGAUGAACAUGAAUUCUUAUGACUCUACCACUUUUGAUGCAUGUUGGCUGUUUCAGUUUGUCUUUGAAAAUACUGCUGGACUGCGCACUGUUCAUUCUGUUCCAUUUUGGAGGCAGAAUCUUCCUUGGCUGUUCUACGGAGAUCAACUAGGAUUAGCACCUCAAGUACUCAGUACUACACCUCUUCCUACAAAUUUCAGUUUUAAAGGACAAAACCAGAAUACAAAAAUGAAAUUUGUUGCUGCUUCCUAUGAUGUAAAGGGAAAUUUUCUCAAGUGGCAAACUUUGGAAGGUGGUGUUUUACAGCUUUGUCCAGACACAGAGAUCAGACUAAAUGCUGCAUAUUCUUUUGGAACAACCUAUCAACAAAAUUGUGAGAUUUCUAUCUCUAAUAUUUUAACCAACUUUCCUACUCCUAUAUUUUAUGAUGUGUACCUUGAAUAUACUGAUGAAAAUCAACACCAAUAUAUUUGGGCUGUGCCUGUGUUAAACCUAAAUCUUCAACACAAUAAAAUAUUUGUGAACCAAGACAGUAACUCUGGCAAGUGGCUUCUGACUCGGCGCAUUUUCUUAGUGGAUGCACUAAGUGGACGAGAAAAUGACUUAGGAAGUCAGCCAAGAUUAAUUCGAAUUGCUACACAAAUAUCACUGAGCAUCCACCUUGUACCCAACACAAAAAAUGGAAACAUCUACUCUCCCUUAAUUACCAUUGCAUACAGUGACAUUGAUAUCAAAGAUCCCAACAGCCAGUCUGUAAAGAUUUCUUUCUCUGUCAAAUAUGAAAUGGAUCAAGGAGAAGCACAUGUCCAGACAGAUAUUGCUUUGGGUGUGUUGGGUGGGCUAGCUGUUUUAUCAUCUCUUUUGAAGACAGCAGGGUGGAAGAGGCGCAUUGGGAGUCCCAUGAUUGAUUUACAGACAGUUAUGAAAUUCUUGGUAUACUAUGCCGGCGAUCUGGCCAAUGUUUUCUUUAUCAUCACUGUGGGAACAGGUCUUUAUUGGCUUAUUUUCUUCAAAGCACAGAAGUCUGUCUCUGUUUUGCUACCAAUGCGGGCACAAGAAGAACGUUUUGUUACUUAUGUGGGAUGUGCUUUUGCUCUGAAGGCUCUACAAUUUUUGCAUAAGCUCACAUCCCAGAUUACCAUAGAUAUAUUCUUUAUUGAUUGGGAGCGACCUAAAGGAAAGGUUCUUAAAGCUGUUGAAGGUGAGGGUGGUGUACGGAGUGCUACCAUUCCUGUAAGCAUAUGGAGAACAUAUUUUGUAGCAAAUGAAUGGAAUGAAAUUCAAACUGUGAGGAAAAUUAAUCCACUCUUUCAAGUACUUAUUGUCCUCUUCUUUUUGGAGGUUGUGGGAUUCAAGAAUUUAGCAUUAAUGGACUCAUCCUCUAGUCUUUCCAGAAACCCACCUAGCUACAUAGCUCCUUAUAGCCGCAUUUUGAGAUAUGCAGUGUCUACUGCUCUUUGGCUAGUCAUUGGAAUUAUACAGAUCGUGUUCUUUGCUGUCUUUUAUGAGAGAUUUAUAGAAGAUAAAAUUCGACAGUUUGUUGAUUUAUGCUGUAUGAGCAAUAUAUCUGUGUUUCUGUUAUCCCACAAAUGUUUCGGAUAUUACAUUCAUGGUAGAUCAGUACAUGGGCAUGCAGAUACUAACAUGGAAGAAAUGAAUAUGAACCUUAAAAGAGAAGCGGAAAAUUUAUGUAGCCAGAGAGGUUUGGUACCCAACACAGAGGGUCAGACGUUUCAGAUUGCAGUUUCUAGCCAGAUGAGACAACAUUAUGACAGAAUUCAUGAGACACUAAUAAGGAAAAAUGGCCCUGCUAGACUAUUGAGUUCAUCAGCAAGUACUUUUGAGCAGAGUAUAAAAGCAUAUCAUACUAUGAAUAAAUUUCUUGCCUCUUUCAUCGAUCAUGUUCAUAAGGAGAUGGACUACUUUAUAAAAGAUAAAUUGCUUCUUGAAAGAAUUCUUGGAGUGGAAUUUAUGGAACCAAUGGACAAAAGCAUCUUCUACAAUGAUAUCUAUAAUGGGAAUAGUGACUAGACAUGGUUUCUUCUUAUUAAAAAGAUGAAGGUUAUUCUUUCAGCAGUGUUCUGUAUUAUGGAAAUGAAGCCACUCUUCUUAUUUAU